UUCCAAUAGAGAAAAAAAAAAAACAAAAUAAAUCUGAAGAAAAAAAAAGACUUGUUCCGCACGCAUCAAUUUGAAUUCGAGUCUUUGAUCCGGAUCCCUCCCUUUCUGCAGUUUUCCUUUGAAUUUUCAUAUCGCUCCAGUUCAAGCUGCCUGCAUUUUUCAAUCUCCAACUCUUCUCAAAGAAAACGUUGGUCGGGUUUCUUGCAUUCGAUGGAUACCAGCAAUCGGAGGACUACUCAAGCUGGAGAGCCCUCCAUGGAUUGGAGGAGCCGGCUAUGGCCAAAUGCAAGGCAAAGAGUUGUCAACAGGACAAUUGAAUUGUUGAAGAACCAUCUUCCCGACUCUGGUCAAGCGGCAUUACAAGAAGUCAAGAAAAAUGCUAUAAGCUUUGAGGAAACGGUUUACACUUCUGCCACUAGUAAGUUGGAUUAUCUGAGCAAAAUUAAUCUGUAUUUGCACACAUUGGAGACCAAUUCGCAGAAUACAAUGGCCAAAUAUUUGCAAUUGAACUCUGGUAGUAAUAGCAACAGGCCCCGUGAUCCAGGGUCUUUUGGUAUGCAACCCCAAGUGCCGAAUCAAGGGCAAUCACUCUUUAUGCCGUUGUCAGCAAAUCAAUCUCAAUCACACCAACAAGUGUUGGCACAGAACAUUGAGAAUGAAAUUCCACCUGCUGGAGUUCAAAGUUCUGCUGGCUUUUCAUCUGCAGUACCUACUUCUUCCGGUUUAACCCAGGCUCCUAUUCCAAAAAUAAUUGGACAAAAUUCAAACAUGCAAAAUAUGUCUGGAACUUCACAGACCCUUGAUAUGAUUUCUAAUUCUCAAAGCCAAAUGCAACAGAUAUUUCCACAACAGGAGUGGCAGGAGCAAGGAUAUAUCCCAAAACUUGUGCAAUCUCCACUAGAACAGCAGCAACAGCAACCAACUCAGUCGCAGUCCUCUCAGAAAUCUGUUAAGCACAUAUUAAAUCUUAACAAACCUUCUGUGGUGGAAUCAUAUCUAUCUAGUCUUCAACAGAAUCAACAAUCUUCCAUUCAUCAGUCAACACAGUCUAUGGUUCAGCUGCAUCCACAGUCAGUUCUCGGGGGUCCCCAACAAGCGAACAAGAAUGCCUUGUCAUUACAGAGUGGGGUUAAUACAACACAGGAAAUUGAUUCCCUUCAUUCGAGUUCUGGUAUGCUUCAAUACCAGCAUAUAAGACAAGAUCAAGAAGAGCAAAUGCAUCAGAAUCUAGUCAACAUACAAUUUCAGCAGCAACAGAUGCAGAAGCAGCAGAUGCUGGAACGGCAGCAGCAUCAGCAGCGAUCACAACAGCAAGCGAAGCUGUUGCAGUCACACCACCAAGCCCUGCAGCAGCAGCUACAGAAGCAGUUAGAGCCGCAAGAAAAGCAGAAGCUUCCGGUACAGCUGCAGGUGCAUGAAGAACAAACACCAAAGGUUCAUCAAAUCCAUGAUGCAAACUUGAAGAUGAGAGCGGGGAUGGAUGUAACGCCAAGAGUGGUUCUUCAUCAACAUACCUUCACAGAUUCCCCUCAGCAGUUGAAAGCAGGAUCUCCAGUUCCUACUUCCUCAACCACCCAACUCCCUCAGGUUGCAUCUCCUCAAAGUUCGCAACAUUCUUCUCGACAAGCUGACCAGCAGAAUCUAGUGACUCGCCCAAAAGCUGGAAUCCCUGGUCAUUCUGCAAGUUCACCAAUUGUCAUCCCAUCUCCUUCAACUCCCAGGACUCCAUCCCCGAUGCCAGGGGAUUCUGAGAAACCUUCCUCACUCUCAAAUGCUGAGAAUGUUGGACAUCAACAAGCAACUGGUGUCGGAGCACUGGUCAAGUCUGUUGCCAUUGGCACCCCUAGGGUAUCAGCCUCUCCUUCACUUUCUGAAACUAGCAAACCAGAUAGUCCUCAUGUUAAUGCUUUGUCAACUGUCUCUAGCAAUUCGAGUGUUACAGAGCAGCCUCUUGAGUGCUUAAUUAAAGCGGUGAAAUUGAUGACACAAGAUGCAUGGAUUUCCGCUAUCAGUGACAUUAUCUCAGUAGUCAAUAUGACUGAUAUAAUACCAGGGUCAGCACCAGGUAAUGGAUCUAGAGCUUCAGUUGGUGAGGAUCUGGCUGCGAUGACAAAUUGUCGUCUGCAAGAAAGCAAUGUUAUGACUCCUGAUGGAAGAAAUGGGACUAAGAGAAUGAGGUGCUCUUCUAGUGACGUGCCCUUAAAUGUUGUGUCAUCUGCUGACAGUACGGAUGAUAGUUUCAAGCAGUUGUCCAGUUCAGAGACAUCUGACCUAGUGUCAAAUGCAACAUCUCGUAUCAAGAGGCCUAGGACUGAGGCUAAUCAUGCUCUUUUGAAAGAAAUAAGAGAAAUAAAUCGGCAGCUUAUCAACACAGUCGUUGUUAGCAAUGAUGAAGAUGUUGACCCUAGUGCAGCAGCCACUGCUGAAGGGGAUGAGGGAACCAUUUUCAAGUGCUCUUUUGAAGCUGUGGCUCUCAGUCCAAACUUGAAAUCACAGUAUGAUUCUGGGAAUAUGUCAAAAAUUCAGCCACUAAAACUACUUGUUCCCACCAAUUAUCCUGAGUCCUCUCCGAUACUCUUGGACAAGGUUCCAGUCAAAGUUAGCAAAGAGUAUGAAGAUCUUUCUGUGAAGGCAAAGUCAAGGCUUAGCACAUCUCUACGAAGCAUUUCACAACCCAUGUCACUUCGGGAGAUAGCAAAGACUUGGGAUGUUUGUGCUCAUGCAGUUAUUUCGGAGCAUGCGCAGCAGAGAGGUGGUGGAAGUUUCAGCUCAAAGUAUGGAACAUGGGAGAACUGCUUGAGCGCCGUUUGAUUAUUUCUGCAGACCCAAACAAAUCUAUCUUAAGGGAAGUUAUCGUGUUAUGAGAACCGUUAUGCAAAAUUUUCUUCCGCUGUUUUGCUUUGAUGAUUGAAGCAGUUUUUGGAUAGUCAGUGGGCAAGCAUGUAUAGGAUAAACUUACCAGAAGUAAAUAAUAUUGGGAUAGAUUUUAACUUCUCCAGAGGUUAGUUAUACUUUGAAUACUGUAAAUCAUCUGUGAUCGCCUAUAUGUUUUCGUUGGCUUGAAAAUGCCACGCAAUGAAUGCAAUGUUUUCCGACAUUGAUCUGUUUGUAAGUUUGUAUAAAGCAUUGUGUCAUUUACUCAAUAUUCAGUGAGGAAUUUGCAGUGGUUACACUUUUAA